CUCUUCGUAAGCCGCAUGAACUCAGCUCUGUCUGGAGAACAGUACAAAGGCGGGUUUGUCUACGAUGGAGGCUACGGCCAAGUUUGACUUUGAAGCUAAAGCGGAGGAUGACCUGAGCUUCAAAAGAGGAGACUGCUUGAAAAUUCUGCAAACAUCUGGGAACUGGUACAGAGCAGAGCACAACGGAGCUAUGGGCUUUGUCCCAAAAAACUAUAUCGACAUUCACAUCCCCAGCUGGUAUCAGGAAAACACCAGUCGCACUGACGCCCAGGAGAUACUGAUGUCACAGCCCGUGGGGGCCUUUCUCAUACGAAGCAGCCGAAAACCAGCUCCAGGCGACUUCUCCAUCUCUGUCAGACAUCCAGCAGAUGUUCAGCACUUCAGGGUGAUGCGUGACAGCAGAGGGCAGUACUACCUGUGGUCAGAAAAGUUUCCCUCACUCAAUCAGCUGGUGGAAUACUAUAAAAAAAAAUCCAUCUCCAAACAGAGUCUACUAUUGCUCAAAGAGACGCAAAAAGAGGAAAGGGGAGACUCAAAUAAGCUUCUACCUCCUCAUCCUAUUUUUCCACGUUCUGACCGUGCGCCUUCUCCAGCACCACGACAGCGCAAAACCUCCCACACAACGCAGGUCAGAGCCCUUUACGAUUUCAAGGCAGAAGAGGCGGACGAGCUGGAGUUCAGUGCAGGGGAUAUCAUUGAGGUUUUGGAGGUCUCUGACCAGACCUGGUGGCAAGGUCAGCUAAGGGGCAAAAAAGGCCUUUUCCCCUCCAACUACACCAAACCCAUCUGAGAGGACGGCCCACAGGCAAACAUCUGUAAAACUACUGCAACUUUUUUAGUCAAACAUCUAAUGCUGGUUUUGUUUGUGUUUUUGAGAUUAAAUUUCAAACUUAGAGCAACUCAAAACUGCUAGCAGGAAAAGGCUCACCAAUACACCAAGCAUGCGAGAUUUUAAUUUUCAUCAUGUCAAGGAUAGCGUUCAUGUUUGUCAUUGACAAGACAUAAAAAGCCCAAGUCAAGAUAAAAACAUGUUUUUUUCUGUUUUUUAAUGAAAAAGUAUUUCAUGUAUCGAUCUGUCCUGCCCAGUGGUGAUGUCUAAUUCAGUGCUAUUUGGAAAAGUAUAUAAGUUUCAAUUGUAAGGUACCUAAUGCUAUUAUUUCUGAGAGAAAUCAUCCAUUUACAAAUGCAUUUUAC